UCAUGAACACCUUCUUCGCCGUAGUAGGUUUCGUAAUUUCGCUCAGCGAAGAUGGCGGCGUGUAGACGUGUGCAGCGGCUGCUGCUGCUGUUGAUAUUCAUCUCCUGCUCGAUUUGUUCUGCUCGUGGAGCCAAAUCAGUUCACGGAGAUAGUGAAAAUGCCCCAGAUAAUAGCGAAAGAGGUAAAAAUCCAGUGGGAGACGGGAAAGCAAUGGCGUUGGAGGGGGCCUCGUCGGUUCGUCGCAGCGGCGGCUGGAAGCUCGCAGAGGAGGCGGCCUGUCGGGAGGACGUGAGCCGGAUCUGCCCCAAACACUCCUGGAACAACAACCUGGCCGUCCUGGAGUGCUUGCAGGACCGAAAAGACGACACAGAGAUCGGUACAGACUGCAAUCAUCUGCUGUGGAACUACAAGCUGAAUCUGACAACUGAUCCAAAGUUUGAGUCUGUGGCCAUUGAGGUGUGCAAGACGUCCAUCAAUGGGAUUAAGGAGUGUGCCGCUGAGGAACGUGGGAAGGGUUACCUGGUGUCGUGUUUAGUUGAUCACCGCACCAAUAUCUCAGAGUACCAGUGUAACCAGUACAUCACCAAGAUGGCCAGUAUAGUGUUCAGCGAUUACCGGCUGAUCUGCGGCUUCACGGACAAGUGCAAGGAGGACAUCAACAAACUGCACUGUGGAAGCGUCAACACAGGAGAGAAGGAUAUCCACUCUCAAGGAGAGGUGAUCUCGUGUCUGGAGAAAGGCCUGGUGAGUGAAGCCGAGGAGCAGCCGGGUCACUACACCAUCAAAGAGGACUGUAAGAAGGCCAUCAUGCGCGUGGCCGAACUCUCUUCUGACGACUUCCACCUGGACCGCCACCUCUUCUUCUCCUGCCGGGAAGACCGCGAGCGCUUCUGUGAAAACACUCCAGCCGGAGAGGGAAAGGUCUACAAAUGUCUGUUCAACCACAAGUAUGAGGAGAGCAUGUCAGACAAAUGCAAGGACGCUCUUUCCACUCGUCAGAAGCUAAUAGCUCAGGACUACAAGGUCAGCUACUCACUGGCUAAAGCCUGCAAACCGGACCUGCGUAAAUACCGCUGCAACAUGGACACGGCGAUGCCACGAGCGCGAGAGGCCAAGCUCUCGUACCUGCUGCUGUGCCUGGAGGCCGCCGUACAUCGCGGUCAAACCGUGAGCGGUGAGUGUCAGGGCGAGAUGCUGGACUACAGGCGGAUGCUGAUGGAAGAUUACUCCCUCAGUCCAGAGAUCGUGCUGCAUUGCCGAGGGGAGAUUGACACGCACUGCUCUGGCCUGCACCACAAGGGCCGGACCCUGCACUGCCUCAUGAGGGUGUUCCGGGACAAGGCCAUCAUGGAAGGCCACUGCCAGAAAGCUAUCCAGACGCUGAUUCAGGAAACAGACCCCGGGGCCGACUAUCGCAUCGACCGCGCUCUGAACGAGGCUUGUGAGUCCGUCAUCCAGACCGCCUGCAAACACAUCCGAAACGGAGACCCCAUGAUCCUGUCCUGUCUGAUGGAGCAUCUGUACACUGAUAAGAUGGUUGAAGACUGUGAACACAGACUUCUGGAGCUGCAGUACUUCAUCUCCAGAGACUGGAAACUGGACCCCAUUCUGUACAAAAAGUGUCAGAAUGACGCUGCCCGCAUCUGUCACACUCACGGCUGGAACGAGACCAGCGAGUUCAUGCCGCCCGGAGCCGUCUUCUCCUGUCUGUACCGACACGCCUACCGCACUGAGAUGCAAGGACGACGGGGUUCAUCAGAAACUUCUGAAGUAGAUUCGGAAGUGAGUUUGGAUUUGUCUCGAGACUGUAAGACGGAGGUUCAGCGGAUCCUCCACCAGCGGGCCCUGGAUGUGAAGCUGGAUCCAGAGCUGCAGCAGCGGUGCAUGACGGAUCUCGGGAAGUGGUGCAGUGAGAAGACUGAAGCUGGACAGGAAUUGGAGUGCUUGCAGGAUCAUUUAGAGGAUCUGGUCCUUAACUGCAGGGAAGUGGUGGGAAACCUCACAGAAUUGGAGUCUGAGGACAUUCAGAUCGAGGCGUUGUUGAUUCGAGCCUGCGAGCCUGUGAUCCAGUCGUACUGUCAUGACGUGGCCGAUAAUCAGAUAGACACAGGGGACCUGAUGGAAUGUCUCGUUGCCAAUAAGCACCAGAAGGAAAUGAAUGAGAAAUGCACCGUGGGAGUCACACACUUCCAGCUGAUCCAGAUGAAGGACUUUCGCUUCUCGUACAAGUUCAAGAUGGCCUGCAAGGAGGACGUACUCAAACUGUGCCCCAACAUCAAGAAGAAGGUGGAUGUGGUGAUCUGUCUGAGUACCACAGUAAGGAACGACACUUUACAGGAGGUCAAAGACCAGCGAGUUUCCAUGAAGUGUCGCAAGCAGCUCCGAGUGGAAGAACUGGAGAUGUCGGAAGACAUUCGUCUGGAGCCGGAUCUGUACGAGAGCUGCCGGCAGGACAUCAAGCAGCACUGUCAGAACGUGGUGUUUGGAAACGCUCAGGUGAUCGAGUGUCUGAAGGAAAACAAGAAGCACCUGACCCAGCAGUGCCAUCAGAAAGUCUUCAGACUGCAGGAGAAUGAAAUGAUGGACCCAGAGCUCGACUUCCAGCUCAUGAGAGUCUGCAAGCAGAUGAUCCGGCGUUUCUGCAGCGAUACAGAUGCAAAGAACCUGUUACAGUGUCUCAAACAAAACAAGAACAGCGAGCUAAUGGACCCUAAAUGCAAACAAAUGAUUACCAAGAGACAGAUCACCCAGAACACAGAUUAUCGCCUGAACCCUGUGCUGAGAAAGGCUUGCAAAGCUGACAUACCCAAGUUUUGCCAGAACAUUCUGAACAAAGCCAGAGACGACAACGAGCUGGAGGGGCAGGUCAUCUCCUGCCUCAAACUCAAAUACGCAGACCAGCGUCUCUCUCCAGACUGUGAGGGCCAGAUCAGCGUCAUUCUGCAGGAGUCAGCACUGGACUACAGGCUCGAUCCGCAGCUGCAGCUUCAGUGCAGUGAGGAGAUCCCGCGACUCUGUGCGGAGGAAGUAGCGGCGCAGGAGCAGACGGGUCAGGUGGAGGAGUGUUUAAAAUACAACCUGCUGAAAAUCAGCCAUGAGGGCUGUAAAAAGGAGGUGCUCAACAUCCUGAAGGAGAGUAAGGCAGAUAUCUUUGUGGAUCCGGUUCUGCACACAGCCUGCGCGCUGGACAUUAAGCACCAGUGUGCUGCAAUCCCGCCGGGCAGAGGAAGACAGAUGUCCUGUCUAAUGGAGGCUCUCCAAGAUAAGCGUGUGAGACUCCAGCCUGAGUGUAAGAAGAGAUUACAGGACCGCAUUGAUAUGUGGAGUUACGCCGCCAAGGUGGCGCCAGCAGAAGGUUUCUCCGACCUGGCCGGGCAGGUUUUCACGUCUCCUGCCAAGACCUACAUCCUGAGCAUGCUGGCGAUGUGCGUGGUGUUGCUCUUCCUCAUGGGCCUGCUGUGCGGCCGCAUCACCAAGCGCGUGACGCAGGAGUUGAAGGACAGAAGACUUGAUCAGCCAUGGGCUGCUCCUAUAAGCAAGAACAGGAAAGGAUACAUACCCAUUCACUAACAAAAAUAGCCACUUUUAUUCAAUCCAGAUCAAAUGGCUUGUGCUUAAUAUGCUUCUGUAUCUGUUUUUGGCCAUACAUUGAAUGUAUCCACAUUGGGAAAGAUCUUUAAAUCAAAAGCUGAUGCGCUCCAUGGCUUUUUAGCUUCAUGUGCUUUUCGGUGCUUUUCAUAUUCCUGCUUAUAAAUGCUUCAGUUCAUGACUGUGAUCUGGGUUUCCUGCAAAGAUGAGGAAAUUGAUUUCAGCCAAAUCCUUUACGCUUUCAUUCAAAGUGAUGAACCAGUACAGCUCUUCCCUCAGUUGUUGUUUUAAUACACUUGCAAGCAAAGAAACAAGGUCCUUCAUCUCCUCCGUCUGUAAAUCAUCUCUUUCAACAGUCUGUUUUUAAUUGGUAGAUAUUGAUACAAAUUACUUAAACUGUGGUGUUUGUGUAUUAGUAGUACCAUAUUUCAUUUAAACCAUUGUCCAUUUGGAAUCUGUUAUAUUUAAUUUUUAAAUGCGUUUCUGGUUCAUAUUUCACCCUAAAAUAAUCAAAAUUAAGCAAUUUUUGGAGAAUCUAACCAAUAAUAAUUUUGCUUAAUUUUGAUUGGCUUGGUCAGAUACUUUAAAAAGAUAUAUUGUUUUGAGAAAGUAUCUGACCAAGCCAAUCUCAAUUUAAUAUUCCUUUGAGAACACGACCUGCAAGUAGUUUGUAUCAAUUAUAAGGUGAUUUUUCUUAAAACGGUAUAUGGCUGUCGACGGCUUUUUUCUUUUCUUGACGUGUUUUCACAUUAUUUUUGAACGAGUUAAACUAUCACUGGAAAAUGUGUGAGUGUUUCAUCUGCUCACCGCCGUCAUUCACAACCACUGCUUCCUGUCUGUCAAGCUGAUAUGACAUAGAAAUUAUCGAAUGAUAAAAGACGAACUGUUUUUGUAUUUACUUUACGUGCGCAAAUUUAUUAUGAAAAGUAUUUCUCCUGAAAUCUGAUCAAGCCGUGUACAAUACAGAUAUAACACAAUAACUGCUCUUUUCUUUUGCCAUUUUUCUUGGUUUGUUCUGUACAAGUCGAAUUGGACCGUUGUUAAUAAAAUUGAUCUGAUGGUUUGUA